AUGCACGUUCAGUUCUUUCACAAUACAGUUCUAACUUGCAUAAGCAAUGAAUCUGACAGUCCACUCACUAAGCAACGCAAUGAAUUCUUACCUUCGGUGAUGAAGACAGCAACUCAGACAACAAUAGAGGGUUCUCCCUCUUGGACAGCCACUGUACACCGCAACCGUCUCAGCCUGGGGUUACAAAGGGCGAAGGUGUUCCUUUGGCAGUUGGCUCAUAAUGCUGUCUUAACAGCUUCCAGAACUGUGGGAUGGGGUAGAGAGAACAAUCCCAACUGCAUGAGUUGUGAUAAUGAUAUUGAGACUCCCUUUCAUGUUAUUCGAGAUUGUCCCAUGUCAUCGCCAGUGUGGAAUUGCCGAGUGAAACUGCAAAAUAUUGGCAUGUUUUAUAAUCUUGAUUUGAAAGAGUGGAUUAUUGCUAAUAUGACUGUGGACAUGGGGUCUGAUGAUGAUAUGGAAUGGAAGGAUAUUUUUGUCAUAGCAGUUUGGCUUAUAUGGAAAUUUAGGAAUGAAUAUAUACAUUCUAAUAUAAAUACCUCCUUAAGAAUCAAAGAGAUGAAAAUAAAGAACUUAGCAAGAGAAAUUAGGGAUGCCAGAAGAAGAAUAGAGAAUAAUCAGCAUGAAGAGUCUCUGACAGUAUCUUGGCAACCAACCCAAAAGGAUUGA